CGCUUCGUUCUUUCUCUUUGAACCGUCCGUGAAGAAGGUGCGUCGGGAGCGCAAGUGCUCUAGGGAAGUUUUAUUUUUAAACAUAAUUGUGAGGUUAGGGUAUCCAUUAGAGGAUACAAGUUAACAAAAAACGUUCCGUAGCAUUAUUUUGGUGCUGCUGGUUUGAGUACACCUGCCUUGCGAACAGUAUUUCAGUGUGCGCGUCUCCGGGCUAAGCAAACCCCCGUACAAACUUUCUGUGGAGUUCGAUUUUUGUUUCACUCCACGCGCGCGCGUCCGAACACGUUCCGGGUGUGUCUCUGUGUGUGAGUGUGAGUGAGUGUGUGCUCGGGAGUGCGAGAUCUUCAAGGGAAGGGUGUUGAACGCGCCGCUCUCGUAGGCCUUUUUGCGCGAAACAAAAUGGCAGACACACAGGAAACGGAAGUUGUGAACGGUGGGGCGGCGGCGGCAACGGCGGCGACGGUGGCCCCAACGACGGCCCAAGAGAAUCAAGAAAACAGUACCAAUCAGCCUCAACAGACGGAACAGCAAGCUGCUGCUGCUGCUGCUGCGCCGGCAGCACCGGCAGCGGCUGCGUCCGGAAACGGUAAUUCCGAAGCUACCAACACGAACGGUAAUACGGAAAAUCACACCACCGCCACUACCACAACCACCACCACCACCACCACCGCUGCAGCCACCGCAACCGUGCGCGAUGAUGACAGAAAAUUAUUCGUUGGUGGACUGAGUUGGGAAACAUCAGACAAGGAACUGAAGGAACACUUCAGCCAGUACGGUGACAUCGAGAGCAUCAAUGUGAAGACGGACCCGAACACUGGCCGCUCGCGCGGCUUCGCAUUUAUCGUCUACAAGAGCGCGGACUCGAUCGAUAAGGUCGUGGCGGUUAGCGAGCAUGUGAUCAACAACAAGAAGGUCGACCCGAAGAAGGCGAAGGCCCGGUACGGCAAGAUCUUCGUCGGCGGGCUGACCUCGGAGAUCAGCGACGAGGAAAUUAAAACCUUCUUCGGCCAGUUCGGAAAUAUCGUGGAGGUAGAAAUGCCAUUCGACAAGCAGAAGAACCAGCGCAAGGGCUUCUGCUUCAUCACGUUCGACUCCGAGCAGGUGGUGAACGAGCUGCUCAAGACGCCCAAGCAAACCAUCUCCGGCAAGGAGGUGGACGUGAAGAAGGCAACGCCGAAACCGGAAAACAUGGGCCCGAUGGGUCCAAUGGGUGGACGGGGCGGUAUGCGCGGUCCGCCGCCGCGCGGCAUGCGUGGCGGUCGCGGCGGUCCAGGCGGUCCGAAGGGCGGAUACGGACAAGGAUGGGGCGGCCAAGGCUACGGCGGUUACGGCUACGGACAAGGAUACGGCGGUGGUUAUGGUGAUUAUGGUUACGAUUACUUAGCCAGAUGGUAUGGAGGCUACAAUAACGGUGGUUACGAUUUGUCCGGCGGCUAUUACGGCGACGACUAUGGCUAUGGAGGCUACGAUGGUGGCUACAUGAACGGUGGCGGCCGUCCAGGAGGUCCAAGAGGAGGCAAAGGCGCCGGUGCAUACGGCGGUGGAAAGCAGCGAGGCAACAGUGGUGGUCGCCAACAGCGUCACGCGCCCUACUAAAGAAGCGCUUUGGAUGCUUUCUUCUACCAUACAUACUCUCUCACCAUCCACAAACCAAAAACGAAACAACAACAACAAAAAC